AUGGUUGGACAAAAGCUGAAGGGUACUGUCGUGUUGAUGCACAAGAAUGCAUUGGACAUCAACGCCCUUACAUCCGCUCAAAGUGUCACUGGUAUCUUCGGCGGUAUCGUCAAUUCUAUCGCCGAUAUCGCUAAGACCACACUCGACCUUGCAACUUCCUUCUUGGGCCGAUCGGUGGCCCUGCAGUUGAUUAGUGCCACCGCUGCUGAUGGAACUGGGAAAGGGAAAUUGGGAAAGCAAACCUAUUUGGGAGGUAUUGUUACCUCCAUACCAACCCUGGGAGUUCGCCAGUCUGCAUUCGAUAUUGAUUUUGAAUGGGGAAGUGAUAUGGGAAUUCCUGGAGCAUUUUACAUCGAGAAUUAUAUGGAUCUUGAAUUCUUCCUCGUGAGUAUGACUCUUGAAGACGUUCCAAACCAAGGAACCAUCCACUUUGUUUGCAACUCAUGGGUUUACAACUUUAGAAAGUACAAAACUGACCGCAUUUUCUUUGCCAACAAGACAUACCUUCCAAGUGACACACCAGCUCCACUAGUCAAGUAUAGAGAAGAUGAAUUGAACACUUUAAGAGGAGAUGGAAAAGGAGAACGCAAAGAAUAUGAAAGGAUCUAUGAUUAUGAUGUCUACAAUGAUUUGGGAGAUCCAGACAAGAAUCAAAAGUUGGCUCGUCCAGUUCUUGGAGGUAAUAGCAGCUUGCCUUACCCUCGUAGGGGAAGAACUGGUAGAAAAGCAUCUAGGAAAGAUCCUAAAAGUGAGAGUCGCAGCGACACUGUUUACCUUCCAAGAGAUGAAUCAUUUGGUCACGAGAAAUCAUCAGACUUUCUUGUUUAUAUACUUAAAUCUGCAUCUCAGAAUGUUAUACCUCGAUUACAAUCUGUACUCACAUUACAAUUCAAUCAGCCUGAGUUUAAUAGCUUUGAUGAAGUGCGUGGACUAUACGAAGGUGGAAUUAAGACCCUUAAGUUUCCACCACCUAAAGUGAUUCAAGUGGAAAAGUCUGCAUGGAUGACUGAUGAGGAAUUUGCAAGAGAGACCAUUGCUGGUGUAAAUCCACACAUUAUUACAAGACUUCAGGAGUUCCCGCCACAGAGCAAGCUAGAUAGCCAACUCUAUGGUAAUAAUACCAGUACAAUACUCAAAGAGCAAUUGGAGCCAAACUUGGGGGGGCUUACUGUAGAACAGGCUAUCCAAAAUAACAAAUUGUUCAUACUGGAUCACCAUGACCCACUCUUUCCAUAUUUGAGGCGAAUAAACGCAACUGAAACAAAGGCAUAUGCUACUCGAACUAUCUUUUUCUUGAAAAAUGAUGGAACUUUGAAGCCAUUGGCCAUUGAGCUAAGUAAGCCACAUCCUCAGGGUGAUAGUUUUGGUCCUGUCAGUAAUGUUUAUCUGCCUGCAGACCAAGGUGUUGAAUCUUAUAUUUGGCUACUUGCCAAGGCUUAUGUAGUCGUGAAUGACUCCUGCUAUCACCAACUUGUCAGCCAUUGGUUAAACACUCAUGCAGUUGUUGAGCCAUUCGUCAUAGCAACAAACAGGCAUCUUAGUGUGGUUCACCCUAUUCACAAGCUUCUGCUUCCACAUUAUCGUGACACAAUGAACAUCAAUUCACUUGCACGGAAUGUCCUGGUCAAUGCAGAGGGUAUUAUUGAAUCAACAUUCUUGUGGGGAGGAUAUGCUUUGGAAAUGUCUGCUGUUGCAUACAAGGAUUGGGUUUUCACUGAGCAAGGACUACCAGCUGAUCUUAUCAAGAGAGGAGUGGCUGUUGAGGAUUCAGCUUCCCCACAUGGCAUUCGUCUUCUGAUAGAGGAUUAUCCUUAUGCUGCUGAUGGACUAGAGAUAUGGGAUGCUAUCAAGUCAUGGGUUCAAGAAUAUGUUGCUUUCUACUACAACUCAGAUGCUACAAUUGCACAAGAUUCUGAACUCCAAGCUUUUUGGAAAGAGCUUGUAGAAGUUGGUCACGGUGACAAGAAAGAUGAGCCAUGGUGGCCUAAAUUGCAAACUCGUGAAGAGUUAGUUGAAUCUUGCACCAUCCUCAUAUGGACUGCUUCAGCACUUCACGCAGCUGUUAAUUUUGGGCAAUACCCUUAUGGAGGUUAUAUCCUUAACCGACCAACUCUUAGCAGGAGAUUCAUGCCUGAGUUAGGAUCCCCUGAGUAUGAUGAGCUUGCUAAGAACCCUGAGAAGGUGUAUUUGAAGACAAUCACCGCAAAGAAUGAGACUCUUACUGACCUUACCAUUAUAGAGGUCUUGUCAAGGCAUGCUUCUGAUGAGUUUUACCUUGGACAGAGAGAUGGUGGUGAUUUUUGGACUUUUGAUACACAGCCAUUAGAGGCCUUUAAGAGGUUUGGAAAGAAAUUGGCUGACAUUGAGCAAAAGCUCAUUCAAAGGAACGAUGAUGAGACACUGAGGAAUCGAUAUGGGCCGGUGAAGAUGCCUUACACUCUGCUUUAUCCUUCUAGUGAGGAAGGAUUGACUUUCAGAGGCAUUCCUAAUAGUAUCUCCAUCUAA